AUGAGCUUCUUGGGGAUGUUGUUCGUCUUUUUCAUGGUGCCCGUGUCAAAUGCUCAGCUAUCGGAGAAAUUUUAUGCCUCGACAUGCCCUAACGUGGAGCUCAUCGUUAAGCAGGCCGUUACUACAAAAUUCCAACAAACUUUCACGACGGCUCCGGCAACGUUACGGAUGUUCUUCCACGACUGCUUCGUCGGUGGAUGUGACGCCUCUGUGUUAAUAGCAUCUGACAACGGAGACGCCGAGAAGGACGCGCCGGACAAUAUUUCUCUCGCCGGAGACGGUUUUGACACUGUGAUCAAGGCUAAACUCGCUGUAGAAGCUCAAUGUCCAGGCCUUGUAUCAUGUGCCGAUAUUAUGGCUCUCGCUGCUAGAGACGUCGUCGUCCUUACCGGAGGGCCAGGGUUUAACGUGGAGCUAGGGAGACGAGACGGGCUUGUGUCGCAGUCGUCUCGAGUCGACGGAAAAUUACCUGCACCGGAGCUAGACGUGACCGGUCUAGUUGAUAUGUUCGCUAGGAACGGUCUUUCGAUGACCGACAUGAUUGCUCUCUCAGGCGCACACACGAUCGGAUUCUCUCACUGCAACCGUUUCGCUCACCGUCUCUACAACUUCUCAGCGUUCAUGCCAGUGGACCCCACGCUUGACCCUGCCUACGCAAAGCAGCUGAUAGAUUCUUGCCCUCGAGGCAAUACGGACCCAAACACAGCCUUAGACCUGGACUUAACCACGCCAAAGGUCUUUGACAAUGUCUACUUCCAGAACCUGGUGACUCGGAAAGGCCUUUUCACCUCCGAUCAAGUUCUGUUUAACGAUUUCAGGUCUCAGGCCACGGUGGUCAGGUUUGCAAACAGUGCUGGAGAUUUCAAUGGCGCUUUCACCUCCGCUAUGAGGAAACUCGGCCGCGUUGGUGUUAAGGUUGGGAAGCAAGGAGAGAUUCGUAGGGACUGCUCUGCUUUUAACUAG